AUGCGUUACUUAAUUUUACCAAUAUUAUUUGUGUGCCUGGCAACGACACUUGCCCAAAUUCCACAACUAGGAUUUUGUCCAGAUGUGAAACCCAUGCAGGAUUUCGACAUGGAAGCAUUUUUAGGAGACUGGUUUGAAACGGAAAGAUACUUCACAGUAUCAGAAUUGGGAAGACGUUGUGUCUUUUCUAACUAUGAAAGGCGACCAGAUGGAUCUAUCCGAGUUUCGAACCAAAUGACAAAUGCUUUUACAAACGUGAAACGUACCUGGGUUGGCGAAUUGAGCACUAAGGGUGAAAAUUCAGGGUCGAUGUUGGUCAAAUACAACACUUUGCCAGUUUCUUUGGACACCUCGUAUUCGGUUUUGGACACCGACUAUGAUACUUAUGCAGUUGUGUACAAUUGUAAUCCUGUGGGGCCCAUUCAUACACAACUUAAUAUUGCUUCUUCCGGCUGGCUACUUGUCCGUGGUCCCAAGUCAGUACUUGUUGACUCCUUGAUGGUUGAGGUGAAAGAGAAUUUCUCAGUGUUGCGCUAUGCGUUAAAUACUCUGAGCGCCAAGGAGUGGGGAUGUCUAUAG